CAAAUUACAUUUCGUUUUUAUUUGCAAUCGUAUCUUUUAAAAUGUUCAGGGAUUUUUUUAAGAAUUUCAUGAGCCUUUGAAUUUAUUAGAACGCAACGCCCACAGUACAAUAUUAUAAUUUUGAUUGUGAAUAAUAUCGAGUGUCAAAAUAUCACAAGUUGAAAACAAUAAAAGAAAACUUAAUUUUGAUAAAGAACUUUAAUUUGUAAAAGAUUUUUACGUAGUGGACAAUAAAUACUGGUUUUGGGUUUUAAUUUAAAUUAGCCCAAAACUUGGUCAAUAUGAAGAAAAAGGUGCUUUUGAUGGGGAAGAGUGGUUCUGGAAAGACGAGCAUGAGGUCAAUCAUAUUUGCGAACUAUAUAGCAAGAGAUACUAGAAGACUGGGGGCCACAAUUGAUGUAGAACAUUCUCAUGUCCGUUUCCUGGGCAACCUCGUCCUCAACCUGUGGGACUGCGGCGGGCAGGAGGCCUUCAUGGAGAACUACUUUGCCUCACAGAGGGACAACAUCUUCAGGAAUGUGGAGGUCCUCAUAUAUGUGUUUGAUGUGGAGAGCAGGGAAAUGGAGAAAGAUACUCACUAUUAUCAGUCAUGUUUAGAAGCUAUUUUACAGAACUCCCCAGAAGCAAGGAUAUUCUGUUUAGUACACAAAAUGGAUUUAGUAGCAGAGGAGAGGCAAGAGGAGAUGUUCAGAUCACGUGAGGAGGAUCUCAUAAGGCUCUCUAGACCACUUGAAUGUACCUGCUUCAGAACUAGUAUAUGGGACGAAACUUUGUACAAAGCUUGGUCCAGCAUAGUUUACAAGUUAAUACCUAAUGUAAAAGCCCUAGAAUCGUCACUCAAGCAGUUUGCAGCUAUUGUGGAUGCAGAUGAGGUGCUUCUGUUCGAGAGGGCGACGUUCCUGGUGGUGUCGCACUGCCAGCGGCGGCCGCACCGCGACGCGCACCGCUUCGAGAAGGUGUCCAACAUCGUCAAGCAGUUCAAGCUGUCGUGCUCCAAGCUGGCGGCGCAGUUCCAGAGCAUGGAGGUACGGAACAGCGUAUUCGCAGCGUUCAUAGACGGCUUCACCAGCAACACAUACGUCAUGGUGGAGAUGUCGGACCCCAAGAUACCCUCGGAGGCGGCUCUCAUCAACAUCAGGAACGCGAGGAAACACUUCGAGAAGCUCGAGAAGGUGUCCUCCAGCCCGCCCAACCAGUACCAGUAGACCGGAUCUGGUAGACCAGUACCAGUAGACCAGAUCUGGUAGACCAGUACCAGAAGACCAGAUCUGGUAGACCAGUACGAGGAGACCAGCAGGGUUAUUAUGUAACUACUUGAAUGGUACACCGAGUUACAUAAUAACCCUGCUGGACUGGUAGACUAACAAGUCUUCACCAGCACCGAGACAUUACGAGAUCAUUUUGCUUACAUAUCGAUCUCUUUGGUUCCAUCGCAAUUAAAGAGCGAUAUUUAUGCUCUUUCGUUGUAAUGGGAUUGUCCGGUGAGAUUUAUCCUGUCUCUGAUUGUCCGGCCGCUCAGAUAUUGCGUUUCAAUCAAUAGAAAACAGUCUCUUGAAGUUUGUCUUUUGUGACGUCACAUUCGCAUACCGCGCUAAAUUAGCGGUGUUUUGAAAUUGCAGAUAAUAAUGGGGUUUUUUUUUCGUGAUUUUACUUUCAUUAUAUUUUUGCUGUCAAUAAUAAAUAUGAAAAAGCCAUGGGUAUUUCCUGUUCAGUUUUGUUUUUUUCAUGUAUUGCAUGUAAUGAUAAAAUAUUGGCUGAUAGUCGUUUACAAAUAUCUUUCUUACUUGUGAGUUGUUCAUUUAUGUUAAUAUUUCUCGUAAUUAGAAAGAAAGAAAGAAAGAAAGAAAAAUGCGUUUAUUUCAACAUUAGCUGACGCCGCGCAGUUUCAACCGCGUGGUUCCCGUUCCCGUAGGAAUACGGGCAUAAUAUAUAGCCUAUAGCAUUCCUCGAUAAAUAGGCUAUCUAACUCUGAAAGAAUUUUUCAAAUCGGACCAGUAGUUCCUGAGAUUAGCGCGUUCAAUCAAACAAACAAACUCUUCAGCUUUAUAAUAUUAGUAUAGAUUAUGCGAGGUGUAGCAUAACCCAGAAAAUGGCACCAGCUCAGCAUAAUGUCCUUUUAUAGCAUACAGCGCCGAUUUUCAGCUGGAACCACAAAUCGGGUAUCGCUACGAACAAACUAAAUUAUGAGAAGUACAUAUUAACUUUGAAUGUAUAAGAAACCUAUAAUUGCGUAUACGAUUUUUCAUUUGGUUACGUUAAAAAAGUUUUUUUUUUCGAUUCUUGUUUCUUUUCUUUCGAACUAGUUUAUUUUACAAAUAUGCCGACGAUUUUUGUUUUUUUCUAUCUAUUAAUUAGUUAAUUGACUGACUUUUAGGCUGGUCGCAUACGUUUCGUUUUCGAAUCCGUUUUUCGUGUUUGGAAAACCUAAUGCAUGAAAUAAAAUAUAUUAAAUGACGCACAUGUACGGUUCUUUCCGAACAGAACAAAUUCCGCGCGUACGUAACGAAAUGCUAGUGUAACGUAACGUAACGAAGAGUAGUGCUAAUAACGCUCUUAGGGGUCUCGCGGAAUUCCAAAUCGAAAUUACGCAUUGGAAAAACGAACACGAGUGACCGACCUUAAUAAUGAGGAUGAUGACUAGGUUUGAAUAUAUUGAUUUUUAUGAUACAUUCGGGUAAAUUAGGUCAAUGUUAACUAAUGUAUACAUAAAAAGCAAAAAUUGUCUGGAUAUUUGCAAAAUAAAUAAAAUUAUAAAAUUUCAAAAUCUACUAAAAAUAUUUUAUCGUAAUUAGAUGAAAAUUCAUACAGUUUUAACUUCCUUACAUCAAAUGUGACAUUUUUUAAUAAAUGAACUAUAAACAUAAACGCACAAAUAACAAAGAUAUUAGUAAUUUUGUUUGACCGCCCAUACAAAUCUAACGAUCAUUAUGUACCUACGACGUCAUUCAUUCGUACCGUUUUGUAUGGGGCGGUAUUCAGGGUUACAUUACCUGCGACGUCAUUAGUUCGUGCCAUUUUGUAUGAGGCGUUUUUCAGGGAUCCGCGGCAACGCCGCAAAUCUGACCCUUUAAAUCGCUGUAGCUCCGAAAGUAGUGAUCGCAGAUACCCUGUUACUUUUACAAAAUUGCUUUACUAUUAGCAUACUCUUAAUACAAUCUAAAAAACUGUCAUCAUCCCUAUUGACCUAAUUUUCCCGAAUGACUCAUAAAAAUCAAUAUAUUCAAAAGGUUAAAGGGGUUAAAACAGGGAAAGUUAAAGUCAAAUACCCAAUUGUCACUGUAUACCAAUUUCGCUAUUAUUGUUUGCUCUAUAAGACAUGUAAUCGGAGAACGAUUAGCAUAUUGCUUGCUAAAGCUAAGUAGGAUCCCUUUUUUUCUUUGAAAUAAAAAUAAUAUUUAAUUAUUUAUUGUCUUGCUCCCAGCGACUUGUAAAUGUCAAAUCAACUAAAUAUGUAAACAUAAAACUGGAUUUAAAAUGUAAAUAAAUUAUAUGUUAAUUUCACUGUACCUAAUUUAAUUAUGUUGGAACUAGCCUGUCGACACUUGUAGGAUGGGUUACCUUUAAAAAUCCAUUCAUAUUCAUUGUUUUACUAUAACCAGAUUAAUGAGAAACCGGAGUCUUUACUAAACUGUAUGAAUUUCCUUUGGGACGGCUUACCUUCAUCUAAAUUCCAUACUUCGCCACAAAUAACAGCGCCCGAGGGUAUGACAAAGAAAACUAGAAAGAUGAAUGGGAAUGACAUUUGCUAUCGACAGGUGACGUGAUCAAGAUCUGUCAUUCCCAUACAUUUUUCUAGUUUGCGAAGCGUUAACGAUCGUAGAAAGAGAAUCGACAUGCCACUUGGCUAGGGGGGCAGGGCCCGAUAUCUUACAAGCGUGAACAGGCUGUCACAAAUCGUAUCAUUCCCCGAAAACAAUUUAAUAUAAAUAAAGAAAAGAUAAUAAUUGUUUAAUUAAUAUAAAUUCUCGUUAAUUAUUAAAAUUAUACAUAUUAAAUUUAUAUAAAAAUUAAAAAUCGAAGUUGUUACAAGUUAAAAUAAUAUUGUGCUAAACGGUCUUUACCAUUAACAUCUGAUAGUGAUCGUUACAGUGUAUUAAUUAUUAUCAACCUACGCCCGCCAUCCCGAAUUAAAUAAGCGUGCUGGGUCUAAACUCUAAAUCCAGGCUAGAAAGAACUGUUGCCAGUGGAAAAAUUACGUUUGAAAAGCACUAGAGAAGGCCUAUUCCUAAAGAACACUAAAACAUAGAAAUCUCAAUAACAAGUUGCUUUUUCUUUAAUCGCUUUGUCAUUAAGAUUUGUAUGAACAAGAGAUAUUUAUUUUUGUAAAGCGAUGUUAAUUUUCACACCGGUAUAUUCGAUCACUUAGGAUAAGUAAAUUAGUUAUUUUUACAGACAAAUGUUAUUGCAUCAAAGACGUUUUGUUCAAAAUGUAGAGUCCUUUCAAAAGAUUUAAUUUAUUUUUGCUCUUAAGGGUUUUCUAUUUUAUAUAUUUCUUAUUUUGUACUAUAUAUUAGAUAAUAUUAUGUAUUCAUGUUACAUAUCGGAAUAAGCUCUUCCUAAAAACAAUAAAUACUUAAUUAGU